GUGUCAGUUUCAUGUCGGGGAGAUCACUGCUUGUGUUUAUAGCCUACUCUGUUACAGGUUUAGUCCUGGAAGACCUGGAACAGAACUUUACACAUCAGCAUCAGCUUUGGGUCACUACGAGGAUUUGGGUGGUUACAAUAGUUAUAAUAGUAGUCCUAUUCCUAAAAACGCCAGAAGAGUUGGAGGCUAUAUUUUUAAGCUAAUUAAUAUUUUUAGAAUGAGUGCUGACUCGUUUCCUUUGGUCUUGUGCGCGGGUGAAUAGUUGUACCUGUCCUUGGUGCUGAAACUGACCUUUGCGUAUUACUGAUUCGACUUUUGUGCUUCACUUUGAGAAACGGUACGAGAACAAACAAAUCUGAGCUGCAAUCAAAAAACUGAAGAGAAGGAUCUUGUUAAAAUCAGUCAUUAAAAUAGUGGACUUUGUGCCUUUUUGCUGGGACAGGGUCAAAAGAGAUUUGGUUGAGUUUUUGAGAUCUGAGAAAAUCGUCCAGAAUGAUGAUCUGAAUUUACAGGUUUGAACCUGCAGAUUUUCAGAGCUUUUAUUACCAAAAGCACACCAGUGUCAGAAAGGACAAAUGCACAUUUGAUUUUGAUUUGACUCACGAUGGAGGUAUCAACAAACGGGUCAAGCUUUGGGAUCGAGUCCAUACUUUCUCACAGAUCUAACAGUCCGUGUGUUUCAAAGAGAGAAUGCAGGUCUCCGGCGCAGUUGAGCCUGCGGUCGGACUCGGACAGCGACUGCUCGUCGCCUCCCUCGCCGAGACGGAACUCUGUGGAAGACGCGGUGCAAAGACACGCGCGCACACUCGGACUGGACUCUCCUUUACAAAUAUCCCAGCAGCCACGAACAGUAACGUCCUCGUUCUUGAUCAGAGACAUACUAGCGGACUGCAAACCCCUGGCAGCAUGUGCUCCUUAUUCCAGUCAUGGACAGUCAGCCCAAGAUCCUGAAGACUGCAUGGAUAAACUUCACAGCAAUUCUUCCUCAGACAGCGAAUACAGAGUGAAAGACGAAGCUGAUCGAGAAAUCUCAAGCAGUAGGGACAGUCCAAGCUCCCGGCUGAAGAAGCCACGCAAAGCCCGCACUGCGUUCUCUGAUCACCAGCUGGCGCAGCUCGAGCGCAGCUUCGAGCGUCAGAAGUACCUGAGUGUGCAGGACAGGAUGGAGCUGGCAGCGUCUCUAAAUCUUACUGACACACAAGUCAAAACAUGGUACCAAAACCGCAGAACUAAGUGGAAGCGGCAGACAGCAGUUGGACUCGAGCUCCUCGCUGAAGCAGGAAAUUACUCCGCUCUUCAAAGAAUGUUUCCUUCGCCCUAUUUUUAUCCACAAAGUUUGGUCUCCAACUUCGAACCGGGACCGGGGCUAUAUCUAUACCGAGGACCAUCCGCGCCUCCGCCACCCGUUCAACGGCCUCUAGUACCGCGAAUCCUCCUGCACGGUCUUCAGGGCGGCGGGGAUCCAGCAUCUCUCUCUGGAGUGAUACCUCGACACACGCCGCGAUGAACUCGUCCAACCUGUCACAGCUCCAAACUCAGGAACAACAGAGUUGCGCUUGGACAUGCCAAUGAAACAAAAACUUAAUGCGCAAUAACAGACUUUCCAAAUGAC